AUGGGUCCCUGUACGGCCUCCCAUUGCUGCUGUCUCCAUCGCCACACUCUGCCAUGUGCCACUUUCAGGUCUCCUCACACUGCUGGUGGGUUCCAUUUUGUCAUAGGGUGCUGUAUAUGGCCUCCCAUUGCUGCUGCUGCCUCCACCGCACACUGUGGCUCCACACUCUGGUUUUGCCCCUAGUGACUGCCCAAAUGAGUGAAGUGUGCGGUGAUUCUAAGAUCGACGGCACUCAUCUGCAUGUCAUACUGACUGACAGUAUUAUUUCUCUUCCCCAGCAGACUCCAAGGGCAUUUAAAUUAAAGGUACAGUGUUCUGCACUAAUAUAA